AUGGAUAAAUCGUGUGAGAUCCCUCAAGGGAAGGAGGUCUCUAACGGCCAAGUCAACGACGACCUACCGACGGCCGAGGCCCUCAAGAUCGCUGAUGCGAUUGAGGUCCUUGAUGGCAAGGGAGAGAAGCAUACCUUCAAGAGCAUUUAUAGCGGGCCAGGGCUGCCACGUCGAGUCCUCGUUGUCUUCGUUCGCCAUUUCUUCUGCUGCUCAUGCGUGAGCUACACCAGCUUUCUGGCCAAAAACGCAACUCCAGAAAAGCUAAAAGAAAUAAACACCGAGAUCGUGAUAGUAGGUCACGGAGACCUUAGAACAGUCGACAUGUAUCGCAUAGACACAGGCUGCGAAUUUCCCAUCUAUACUGAUCCUUCUGAAGAGCUUUACAACACUCUCGGCAUGAUUCAGACGUGGGAAGAGGGGCCUCCAAAUAAGUAUAUCCCGCACUCGUCUUUCUGGGUAGCUUGGUUGUCCAUGAAGAAUGCGUUUUGGAAGAUACUGGAGGGAUAUCCUGUGUGGAAUUGGGGAACGACGAGUCAGCAGGGCGGAGAGUUCUUAUUUGUUGGGGAGGGGGAUGAUAAGAAGGUGACGUGGUGUCAUCGGAUGAGGAAUUCGAGGGAUCAUACGGAUACUGAUGAGAUUUUAGAGAUUUUGGGGUUGAGGAAGUGA